GCCGUAUAAAACGCCCCUCUCGUCGAUUCUUCGAGCACUAUUGCACUUCUCGUCGCCCAGUUGUCGUUAUUUCUCUAUUAUGGGUACCAUAUUCAUGUUCCUGUUCUUUACCAUUUCGCUGAUAUUGUGUCAACCACUGAAUGGCCAGUAUCAGUCGCCUCAACAGGCAGCAAUUUUGAGCGACGCGAGAUAUCUUUCUGGCGAUGGAACAUUCGGAGCAUCAUACUCACAAGAAGAUGGCGUCGAAUUCAAAGAAGAAAGCGACGUCUACGGAAAUCGUCGUGGGUCUUACUCUUACGUUGAUCCAACCGGUCAAAGACGCACAGUGACGUACACAGCUGGAAAAAAUGGUUUCCAGGCAACCGGUGACGGUAUACCAGUACCACCCCCGCAAGUGCCGCCGCAGCCAGAGUACGAGCCUUUGCCACAGUACAACCCACCAGAUUAUCAACCGCCAAACUACAAUCCACCCCCGCAAUCACGGUAUCAACGUCCGAGUCCACCAGUAUACGAACCACAGCCGCAGCCGCAGCCUCAACCAGAGUAUCAGCCUGAGCCUCAAUACCGAUACAGGCCUCAACCACCACCGCCACCGCCACCAGAGAUCCAAUCCGUACCAUCGUACAACCCUCGGCCACAGUAUCAACCCCCGGCCAGGCCGCCACCGCAGUACAACGCGAUUACGACGCCAGCCCCUCGAAGAUUCUAUCCACCUGGGAAGCUGAACUUCAACAGGACACCCGAUGGCUACUCCUACACGUUCAGUAAGAGUUAAAUUCCCAUUAUCGAGAUCUGAAACUAGAGGUAUUUAAAGAGAGAGAUACAAUGUCAGUGAGAUGUACAAUAUGCGAAGAAUGAGCUGAGCAGAUGGAAGUUAUGUAGUAUGAAAAUUAAUGUUCCUCGAGGGUUGAUAACAUUUUGUAAACAUUGAAGAAGGUUUUAUGCAUUUAUUUUAUCGUUAUUUUAACCAUUUGAAUAAUUGUUGUUAUUAAUGUCUAGUAACUAUUAUUCAGUUUCGAUUAAUCAGAAUAUUUUAAAAUAAGGAUCUCUUGUUGUAUAUGUACUUUGAAAUUUGUAGUUCAUGUAUUUUCAAAUUUUUCGUAAUAUUUUGAGUAGGCACCACUCUCAUCUUUUUGAACUUAUUAUAAAACAGAAUUAUAAAGUAUUUUAUGUAUAUAAAUGUAAGGACAAUUUAAGGAAUGAUUAAUUUUCAUUGUUACCAGCAGCACACUUAUUUAAUUUAUGAAACUUUUAAGUCUAUAAUCACACAAAGGAUUAUGUCAGAACCUCAUAUAUCUUAUGUAAUAGUAUAAUUCUUAAUUACCACAGUUUUGACCUUAAACGAACCCAUUAUACGUUAGUUUAGUCGCUGAAUAUUACUUACUUUGUGGAAGCACGGCUCGUGUAGUUUCCCGAGAUCAUAAAUUGUGCACGCGGAAACUAUCGGGCAUUGAUUUGAAUACGGGAUCACGUAUUCGUAAUUAAGAGAUUGUGGGUAACCAGAGCCUUGUCCAUGAUCUUACCGCAAGGCUCACCGCCACGGACAAGUUAAGCUUCCUGUAAAAGGCUGCAUAAGCUUUGCAUAAAUUUCUACGGAAAUGCAACGAAUGGAUUAAUCGGUUCUGUCUUAAUUAAAUCUGGUUUUUGCGCUCAUACUUUCGCUCAAAUUAUCGAGGCACGCGAAUGUUCGCAUAAACAGGAAAGCGUUGUUGGUCUGUUUCAACAAAACUUCUUCCUAUUCUGCGUAUUUCUUUAAUUUUAUUCUGGAUACGAAAAUCUGAAUUUAAUAAUGUCCAUAUAGUCUGUUAACUUCGUAAAGUAUUCCAUUUUAGAUAAUGUUGAUAGCACUGUUGGUCUGUUCCAACGAAACUUCUUCCUAUUCUCUGGAUUUCUUUAAUUUCAAUCUCAAUGCAGAAGUCCGAGUUUAGUAAUAAUGUUUUAAUAACGUCCAUAUGGUUUGAUCAUUUUUUAGAGUUUUCCACUUUAGAUGAUAUUUAAAGAAACGAUGUUAAGUAUAGUAGUUACAGACAAAAUAUUUUUUAACAAAUUCGAAAGUAUUCGUACAAAAAUAAAUGGUUUGGUAUUUGACGGACGCUGAUCGGUUAAAUUCUCUGCGACGCAUUGCUCGGCCGACGCCCUGCGUUUUGCAUAGCAAUUUCCUUUUCAAAUGCGAGCACAAUCCCGCGCGCUUCGGGGUCACGAUACUUUCAUCGGGCAACCUUUGGACAUUCUCCACACCGUUGCGAUUAACUUUGUGUGAAACUCACGAUUCUCGGAGGGAAGAUACGUUAUUCCUUAGGGCGAGUCCAUAUCCUUCAUCAGUUAAAUGUCACGGGAGUAAAUUUUCUUUCCCUUCUUCUUCCCAUCCAUUUCAAUUCCCAACGAUUACUCGUUUCCAUGUGAAACAAUCGGUAAAUUCUGUGCUAAACAAAGUUUUACGGAAUUCAAUAUUACAGAUUACUUUGAUAUUAAAGUCUUAAUAUUAAUCUUAACAAUCUUAAUACGAAUUCUGAAAAUCUCAAUAGUCCUAAUAUUAAAAUUUGAACGUUGAACCUUGAAAAUCUGAGUAAUCUAAAUAUUAAACUUUAAAUCCACCUUGAAAAUCUGAAUAAUCUUAAUCUUAAGAUUCGAAUCUUGAAUCCUGAACAUCUCAAUAAGCUUAACAUUAAGAUUUCAAUUUCAGAUCUUGAUCAUCUCGAAUCUUGAAUAUUGAAAAUCUCAAUAUUGUUAUUAAAACUAGAUUCACGGAACGCGUUAAUUCGACGUGUAUUGAAUUUGUUUAAAUACUAUUUGACAAAUGUUUACGUUGACAUUGAUUGAUGUAACUACACCAGUAUGUAUCUCAGUUAUCUAACUUUAAACCUUUCAUUUCCAAAAUCCGAAUGAACGAACAUGAAUUUUUCUAGAAGCAAUAAAAUCAACCGUACAAUAAACGUCCGUAAACCUAGUGUUAAAAAUAAGAUCAAUAUCGACAUUCCUAAGAUAUUACCAUUAAUAAUCAAUCGUCCAGACUCAAGGCUUGAACCAAGUCAAGUACCAUUGUGUCAUCAGCCGCGAGUUAAGGCGUUUCAGGCGGUAACGGAAGGGGAACGUUAGACAAAGGGUCGAUUAUCUCAUUAUCCUGGCUCGCGAAUAAUACCCGGCGCAACCGAACGGCUGGGGAAAAAUGCAGUUCGGCCGGGCGGCCAUUUACCGGUACCAGUAACGCGGGCGCGGCAAGGCAAACCGGCCAUAUCGGAGCAGGAACUCGAUAACCUUAGAGGUGGGCCGAAAGAAACGCAUACCGUAACGUUUCGCGUCACGUUGCUGUCGUUUAAGAAAGUCGAUCGCGGAUUUAAUUUACGGCCGGCCGGGCGCAGCACCGGAUGCAACGCGGUUGCAACUGUCGCAUGCUCGUCGUGCCGCAUGUCCCUCAUCCGCGUUACGCUGCCACGGUCCUUGGGUCGCGUUUCAUUGAAAUUUAUCGCGAGCCCUAUUAAAAGAAAUCGGCUCGACAAUAAAAUCGAGCUCUGCCUCUGAACAGUUUGAUCACGAUAUAAAUUAAGACACACUUUUUAAAAUUGAUUAUGAAUAAAUAUAGAGAAUUUACUGUGUACCGUAUAAUUCGUAAGGCAAAUAAA